GCACAGCACGCACAACACUCAGAGAUAGAGAUAGACUCGUCGGCAAUGGCAGGUCAGACCGAGAAGGUGUUCGUCCCCACCGACGACGAGCUGCUCCAGGCGCAGUCGGACCUGUGGCGCCACAGCCUCUGCUACCUCACGCCCAUGUCGCUCCGCUGCGCCGUCGACCUCGGCGUCCCCACCGCCAUCCACCGCCUCGGCGGCGCCGCGUCCCCGUCCGAGCUCGUCGCCGCCCUGUCCCUGCCCGCGUCCAAGCUGCCGUUCCUCGGCCGCCUGCUGCGCCAGCUCGCCACGGCCGGCGUCUUCAGUGCCACCGACGCCGGAACGUACCGCCUCAACCCGCUCUCCUACCUCCUCGUGGACGGCGUCCGCAUCGACGGCGACGCCAGCCAGACGGCCAUCGUGCGCGCCGCUGCCUCCCGCUACUACGUCGAAGCGGCCAUGGGGAUGGCGGACUGGUUCAGGAAGGACUUUGAUGGACCUGUGCCAUCGCCAUUCGAGGACGUGCACGGCGCGGCCAUCUUCGAGGAGAGCAUGGCGCUCCUCGACCCCGAGAUGGAUCAGCUGAUCCAUGACGCCGUUGCUGCCCACGACCACAUGGGGAUCGGCUCCGUGCUCCGGCAGUGCCGUGAGCUCUUCGAGGGGCUUGAGUCUCUCACUGACUGCGGCGGCGGUGAUGGGACGACGGCCAGGUCCAUCGUCGAGGCCUACCCGCACAUCAAGUGCACUGUGCUGGACCUUCCAAAGGUCAUGGACAAAGUUCUUCUUCCCACUGAAGAAGGAGCGGUUAAGUAUGUUUCUGGUGACCUGUUCCACGUCGUCCCACCUGCCCAAGCCGUGUUGCUCAAGCUUGUUCUGCACUUCUGGAGCGACGAGGAUUGCAUCAAGAUCCUCGCACAAUGCAAGAAGGCCGUUCCUCCCCGAGAAGCAGGAGGAAAAGUCAUCGUCAUAGACAUUGUGCUUGGAUCGGUUUCUGCAGGGCCAAUGCUGGAAACCCAGCACCUCAUGGAUAUGCUCAUGCUGGUGAUGACGCGAGGCCGACAGCGGGAAGAGAAGGACUGGAGCGAGAUCUUCACCAAGGCAGGGUUCAGUGGCUAUAAGAUUGUCAAGAAGCUGGGAGCUCGAGCUGUCAUUGAGGUCUAUCCAUAAGGCUGUGCUCCCAAAGUAAGAUGCUUACAUAUGUUGUGGAUUGUUGUGUGCUCGCUCUAAGGACGCAUAAAUAAAGGAGCGCCUUGUCAUUUUCCAAAGAGAAGUCCUGGGCAGAUCAUACAAUAGCAAGGCGAUUAUGUCUUGUUACCUUAUGAUACCCGUGGAACUUUCUUUUUGAAAAAAUAGUAUCCACUUAGAGUGCUUUUCAUAUGCAACUACAGUGAUUUUCAUAUAUGUACCGUGUAAAAUAUCAUAUACCAUAAGAUAAGAUCACACCUUGUACUCGUUAUUGAAACCUUGUCUUAUUGACUAUAUGGUCCAAAAUAUUGAGCAAAUUUGAUUUCUUGCCCUCUUU